AUGGGCGGUGGAAACGAAACACCGAGCCAUCACAGCUUGAAAAUGACGGAAACCUCGGGCCCUAGCCCGAAUGCUCGUUUGCAUGCCGUAGUGGACCUGGGAAGCAAUGGCAUUCGAUGUUCAAUUUCGGAUCUUUCAACCCCAACUACCCGAGUCAUCCCUACCGUUCAUUUCCAUCGUGUCAAUGUCUCCCUGUACGAGGCGCAAAUCGACCCUGACACGGGCAACCGCAUCCCAAUCCCCCAGCCAGUCAUCGACCGGGUCGUGAGCGCCAUUGUACGAUUUCAGAUCAUUUGUGUGGAAACCGGCGUUCCAGCUACUAAUAUCCGGCUGAUUGCCACUGAGGCCACUCGAACGGCAAUCAACUCUGCGGUUUUUACCGAUGCGAUACGCAAAAAGACUGGCAUCACCGUGGAGAUGCUUCCGAAGGAGGAGGAAGGCAUUGUUGGAGCAUGGGGCAUCGCAAGCAGCUUUUCUGACGUGGAAGGUCUGGCCUUGGAUCUAGGAGGAGGCAGUAUGCAAAUGACAUGGAUCAUUUCCCACGCCGGCAAUGUCCGCAUCAGCCCGCGCGGCUCGGUUAGCUUUCCUUACGGAGCGGCCGCAUUGACGCAGAAAUUGGCCGACCUGAAGCGAGGCAAAAGUAAAGACGAUGCUGAAAAGUCAAAAGAAAUUUUCCGCCAUGAGAUGGCUGCCAACUUUCGGGCAGCAUUUGACAGUCUCGAAAUUCCCGAGAGUCUGAUCGAAAAGGCCCGGUCACAGGGUGGCUUCCCGCUAUAUCUGUCCGGCGGAGGCUUCCGUGGAUGGGGCUAUCUGCUACUGUAUCUGCAUCAAACCCGGGGCCAGAGCUAUCCCAUCUCAAUCAUCAACGGGUAUUCAGCGCUCAAGGAAGAUUUUGAAAACACCAAGGCCCUAGAGGAAGUGGCCCGCACCGCCCACGAGAUUUUCCGAGUGUCCGACCGGCGCCGCAAACAAGUCCCAUCGGUCGCAUUUCUAGUGAAUGUGUUGGCCGAAUCCUUGCCACAUGGGAUCAAGGAAGCACAUUUCUGCCAAGGAGGUGUUCGGGAGGGAGUACUCUUUCGAGAUAUGCUCCCGGUGGUCCGUCAACAAGAUCCGCUUGAGGUCGCAACGGCCCGUUAUGCGACUUCAUCCGCCCAGUCCAUCGCAGCUUUGAUGCUGGCCGCCCUUCCCCGUCCAAUGGAAGGCCGUUCGGUUCCACCUUCCAUUACCACGCAUUUGGUUCAAGCUUUUGCCAAUGCUCUCUACGUGCAUGCGACCAUGCCCAAGGAGCUAUCUUCCAGCGCUGCCAUGUAUAGCACAAGCACUGGAAUACUUGCAUCCACUCAUGGAAUCCCGCAUUCCCAUCGCGCUCUUCUGGCAUUAAUGCUUCAGGAACGCUAUGGAGGGGAAUUACCACCCCGUGAUGUGGAAUUGAAAUCUCAUCUGCAGGGAAUUCUGACCCCGGAGGAGGUCUGGUGGACACGCUAUCUGGGUAAACUGGGACUCGUUCUCGGUGAGUUGUAUCCUACUGGCUCCAUUGGCUCUUCCAAGCCGCGUAUUGUUCCAUCCGCCAAAUGGGCAGAUGGCCUUGGCAAAAAGGGGAAGAAACAUGGAUUGGAGUUGAAGAUUGCCAUUCAGAAGGCCGCAUAUGACCCCACUCAUCUCAAAGAGGAACUUACCCACGAUGUCCAGAAGAUUGUGAAAGUGGGGAAGCGCAAGCAUUGGAUUGGAGGUAGAGAUGGCUGGGGUAUCAAAGUGGUGGUUUCAGUUAGAGAAGAGGAUUUGCUACAGUGA